AAGAGGGCAGCAGGAAUGAAUCCGAUACGUGGCCUGAUGCUGAUCAGUUACAGGAAGGGAGCGUCCCUGACCACUCAGUUAAACUGGCUUCCUGAGUAUGCUGGCCAGGGUGAUUGUGUAGGGUACCCAGGAACCAUGUGGGGAGUCUUUGGGAUGGGGUGGGCAGGGCUGGAGGUUCUAUCUUAAUCUCCAUAAACUAGACCAGCAGUUCUCAAAGUGUGGGUUGGGACCCCAUUUUAAUGGAGUUGCUAGGGCUGGCAUUAGACUUACUGGGGCCCGGGGAUGAAGCCGAAGCCCUCUGGCUUUGGCUCUGGGCAGCAGGCUUUGGCCCUGGGUGGCUUGGCUCAGGUUACAGGCCCCCCUGCCCAGGGCUGAAGCCCAUGGGCUUGGGCUUUGGCCUUCUUGCUCAGGCUAGCGGGGCUUGGGUGGGUUCAGGCUUUGGUCCCCCCUCCUGGGGUCGUGUCAUAAUUUUUGUUGUCAGAGGAUGCAAUGAAGUUUGAGAAUCCCUGAGCUAGACUGAGUGUGCAAAAUUACUGGCUGCUUUACACCCCAGCUGUUCCUUGCCACUUCUGCUCUGGGGUUAGAUCUCAGUGAAAGAUGGCUCCUGGGUCAGUGCUUUUCAGAAGUGUUAGUCACAAGCUCUGGCAUGUCUUCUACAGGGGACAAGUUGGUCCAGCAGCAGAGACCAGCAGUGCUACUGGCUCUUGUGACUUUUAAAAUCAUGAAUCUUGUGAUAAUGUCUUUCUUAAGCUCCACUCCUGAUAGCAAGAGAUCACACAAGAACCUCCGCUUCCCAUUUUGUAACCAGGGGCAGGGUGGGGGAAGGAGGCGUCUAGCCCUUGGCUUUGUGGGGGGAAGAUGGAGAGCCUGAGCCGAGCACCCCUGCCAGGGCAGUCCCUAGGCAUACGCAGAAUAUGCAGCUCCAUAGGGCACCAAGAAAUUUGGGGCACCAAAUAGCCCCAAAUUUUAUGGUGCCCUAGGCAGCUGCGUGCUGCAUACCCAGUAGCACCAGCUCUGGCAACCAGCCCUAUCCCGUGGGGGGGGGGGCUGUGUAGGGCACCCCAAUGGCAAGGGACGGCCCUGGCCCUUGCAGUCCCAAACCAGCAAGGGACUAAACACUCCCGCAUGUAGGUAAAGAAAUCCCUUCUCCGGUCUCCGGCGGCCUGACGUGGGGCGUUUGAACGCUUGGGGUUGGCAACGCCCUCUGGCCGGCUCGGCCGGGCCCGGAUCUCUGGCCCUGCUGGGCCCACGAAGGUCUGGCCGGGUCACGCUAAAAGCUUCUUGUCGGUGAUGUGGCUGGGCCCGGGGGCACCCCCAGACCCCCUUGGCCCGGCCCCGCCUCCCGUGGGGCGGCUCCCUCGCAGUCAGCUGAGCGCAGGGGCGGGGCCAGGGCCGCAGGCUCUCAGGUGACCUGCGGGCGGCUCCGGCUGCGCAGCGCUUCCUGGAGCCUCCUUUCCCCGCUUAGAGGCCGGCCGGGACCAUGCUCGCGCUGACCGUGACUCUGCUCCUGGCCCUGGGCCCCGUGGCGCGCGCCGAGCCCCUCAGAUUCGUGGACUGCGGCUCCAAAGAUGGGAGCAUCACAGAAGUGAAUGUGAGCCCCUGCCCCACACAGCCCUGCCAGCUCCAGAAAGGGAUGUCCUACAGCGUCAAUGUCACCUUCUCCAGCAAGAUCGAGAGCCAGGGCAGCAAAGCGAAGGUGUAUGGGGAGAUGCUCCAUGUGGACAUACCGUUUCCCAUCCCUGAGCCUGAUGGAUGCAAGUGUGGGAUCCAGUGCCCCAUUGAGAAAGGCCAUUCCUACAGCUACCUGAACAAGCUGCCUGUGAAAAGCGAGUACCCCAGUAUUAAACUGAUCGUCAAGUGGGAGCUGCUUGAUGACCAAAAUGAGAUGUUAUUCUGCUGGAAGAUACCUGUCCAGAUCACCAGCUAAGGAGCCCUGCUUGCCCUGUUGGUGGCUUUGGGGGAGGGGAGAGUAGAAGUGAAAACAUAGGUCAGACUCUUCUUACAUAAUGAGCAUUUCCUGGCAUCUGCUUCAAAAUUCUGCAGCCUCUAAGCAGCCGGCUCUGUGUUGUCCCAAAUCUGAGAUACAGUUGCUGCAGGGGCAUCAAUAGGCAGAGGGCUCAAAUCCCUGCAGCUUAAGAGGGGGCAGAGUCUGGCAGCCAUUGGUGGCAGUGGAUGAGCAGCAUGUUGCUGGAGCUCUGUGCGGGUUUCUGUCCCUUGAAAUGAGCAUCACCAAGGGAUCUCUCUCUCUCAUACAAUGGGGCUGGUGUCAGCUGCUGCCUGUUAACCCUUGAGUGCCUGUCCUGAUAGAAUGCUGCUGCAUCCCUCUGCUUUUCUCCUACUCAGUCAUGACCAGAGUGUUCCUGCAACCUGCAUCUGCCAUCCAGAGCCAAUGGAGGCUGAAGAGGGGGGACUGGCCCUGCCACUUGUCUUCCAUGAGCAUUGGUGUCUCCUUGGCCCAGCGGUGGCCAGCAACUCUACAGCUGGGAGAAUGCUUCCUCGGUGCAGGCACAAACCCAAACCGCAUGCAGCAUCACUGCAGGGAUGACUCUUGCUAACCAGUGAUUUGCACUGUCUACUAAUUCACAUGGAGCUGCUGCUGGGGGCUCUUCACCCCAACCUCUUUUUAUAACUUUCCUUUUAAUAAAGGCUCAAUAAAAACU